UAUAAUUAAUUUAUAUUAUAGUCCAGUUCUGGCCGUUAAUGGAACCUAUUGCAUGCCAACCAUUGUUAAACUCAGAAGAUGUUGAAACCGGAAAUGAACGUUUUUGGCCUAAAACGUCAUAUAUAGACGAUGACCGUGAAUGUUCGGUUAUUUUGCUUCAUAUCUAGCUAGAUAGCUAACCAGCUUGUUAAUUUUGGGAAAAUUGCAGAAUCGUUCGAAGAACAUCUUGAAAUCGCUUUCCAAGAGCAUACACCCUUGUAUGAUACCUCAAUGAGUUUACAUUUCGACAAAGAGACUCUCGGAACACAGUUCGCGCGAAAUUACUACAUAUUUCAACUCCGAUCCAGAUACUUGCAGGAAGAAAUGGAGACUUGCGAGGGACCGUCAUGUGAGAGCACUGAUAGCAUUUAGCACUGCUAAAGUCUAAGGGUGUACCGAGGCCUGGAAGCCUGAGUUGGCUCAACAUUUUUAUAAAACAUCGGCAAACCAACCCAAACUUUCCCUAGGUAGCGAGCUAGCGAAGAUACAGAACAUGUGUCUUUACAGUAACUUAACGUAAACUCGUACAUCGCCUUGGUCCGUACAAUUGCCCUUAUUUUAGCCCCCAAAAACGUAAUAAUUCCAGAUCAACUGUAAUGUCAAUACCAUUGUAAAGAACAAUUUAUCCCCUUUCCAACAAUCUAUCACAUGACCUAAACGUUGCCCGUUAUUGCAUAAUUCAAGCAGGCAAUGAGCCCCGUCGGGUCUUUUUAAAAAUGGCGGGUGGGGAAGCGAAACUAAUGCGUGAUAGGGAUAAGGACAGAUGUAGUGUGGGAAAAUGGCUUUUUUUUACUCGAUCCGUCCACCUUAUCGCCUCUAUAAUGUAAAUAAAACACUAUAAAUAGUUUAUAUAAUGUGUCAUUACAUACCUAUUUGAAGGUUUGUGUCGAAUUUGAAUCGGGUUUUUAGGGCGGUGCUAAAGUGAUCUAAGAAUUAAACAGCGGCUUUGAGAAUGAUGAUCGCAUGCAGUGAUGACGCAAAAAAUGACUAGGUAUUCCCACCCUUACCCCCGUCACUGUUCAUUUCUUAUUUUUAAAGGGUGAUAGAAGUGCUACAUCUGGUGGAGGGAGAUUGUAAGACAUAAAUAGUAGCUUUACGUCUAGAUGUAACGGAGGGUCCGUUUUUUCAACUUUUCUCCAAUACUAUAGAGGCAUUACCAUGUCGAUCAACGCUUGAAUAGAAAUCUAGUUCACACCCCCGAUUUUGCAAUCCCAUUAGUUUUCUUUGUAGCUUCGUUUGAAUGUCGCGGUUGUGCACAUUUGUACGGAAUGGGAUUUCAGCAGACAGAGUUGAGAGUCCUGAUGACAACCUGGAUCAGACUCCCUUGUUUUCAGACCAGACAGGUCCACUGUUCCCUUUAUCUUCUUUCCGUCUCCUGGUUCCACCUCUAUGCCUGAUGUCAGCUUUCAUGUGGCAAGUGGCUCAAGAGCGUAAUGUGAUGCAGUAUGGGAAGCUGGAGGAGUUUGUGACUUUGGUGACAGAGAUGAUUCCAGAGCUGCUGCGCUCCAGGCAGAGGACCCAACUCAUCCUGGGACUGAGAGCAAGGUCACAGAGUAGAAAUGAGUUGGAGUCUUCAGAGUCUAACUUCGUGGAGCUGGUCAAAACCCUGCUCGAAGACCCCUCUGAGAAGAAGCACUUCAUCCAGUCUCAGGUGGGGUUCCCAAUACGUUAUGGCCCUCGGUAUGACACAGCACUGCAGAUACUGGUGUUGGGAGUUUCUCUCCUGACUGGAGGAGCUGCUGCCUGUACCAGACCUCACAGAGACACAGGAGAGGAGUGCUUCUUUGAUUGAAGACCAUGGUGCUUGCCUACGAAGCGGCAAAGGGAGCUGCACCUCCUUACCUUCAGGCUAUGCUGAAACCCUACACCCUAACCCAAGCACUCUGUUCUGCCACCUCUGGUCUCUUGGCCCUCGCACCCCUACGGGUGGGCAGCUCCCGCUCAGCCCAGUCAAAGCUCUUCCCUGUCCUGGCAUCCCAACUACACCCCCUCCACUAACUGUAUGUUACUCUGGAUAAGAGCGUCUGCUAAAUGACUCAAAUAUACAAUCCAUGAGGUGCUCUAUGAUUAUGGGAUGAAAUAUUAUAGAACAAAAUGAAGUUGAUGCUGGAUAGUAAGUAAUGCUGUAAAAGCCUUUGUGAAAACAAACUUCCAGAAGUAAGCAAGGCACACAUGUAGUGGAAACAUGUAAAAGCCUUUGUUUUACAGCUUUACGCAUGGCAAGAAUUAAAAAAACACCCACCUAAUAUGAUGAAUGUUCUGUGAGAGAGUGCUGCAGAAACCUUUUUAAUGUUCCUUUUAUCCUGUCAGACAGCAUCUCGUCUCAGCCUUGCUCCCUCUGACCUGGAGGAGUUCUGGCAUUCUGUCUCUGACCCCGAGCACCCGAAGAUACUGCUGCAGCAUCAUAGACAUCUGGGUCACUUGAGCAAAAGUCGCAGACAACAUCUUGUCCACAUUGUCAAUUCCUCAAAUUCAUGGCCUAAAGUCAAGUCUCAAUGGACAUGAAGGCAUGAAAGGGAGCACAGAGGGGUGGAAGAUCAACAGUGAGGAAGGAGGAGAGUUGCAUUUUGAAAAGAACUUGUAGGAUGAUGGAAGUAAAAUAAAUGAAGACCCUGAGAGAGGAUUGAAGGAUGAGGAUGAUGCAAACUGGACUUCCCAUCUGAGUGAACCAGAGGUCUCGGAUGAACUGGCUAGUGGCAUGCCCUCCGAGGUCUUCUCCUGCCCCCAGUGCCCAUUCCCCCACAGGGAAAUGGUGAACCUUCAGCAGCACAUCAGGAAGGAACAUCUAACAGAGGAGGACAGCAGGAGCCUGGACUCUGGAGGAGCUGAGAACUCACUGCCAUCCAGUCAAACAGCCAAGAGCUCCUCUGCCAAGAGCUCCUCUGCCAAGAGCUCCUCUGCAAAGAGCUCCUCUGCCAAGAGCUCCUCAGCCAAGAUAAUUAAUAAGAACACCUGCAAACAGUGUGGGAAGGGUUUCAGAUGCACAUCUGACCUGAAACAACACCAAUGUGUUCACACCAGUGUGCACCCGUUCUGUUGCAACCAGUGUGAGAAGAGAUUCAAAUCGGAGAGAUAUCUACAACUGCACAAGAAAAGUCACGACGUAGAACCGAUGCACAGGCCUAUUUGCCAGCACUGUGGCAAGAGUUACACUAGUGCAGCUGUCCUCAAAAUACACAUACGCACCCACACCGGUGAGCGGCCUUACUCCUGCUCAGUCUGUGGGAAGAAGUUCAAUCAAAAGCACACAUUAGUUAGACACCUCCGGAUGCACAAAGGAGAGAGACCAUACCUGUGUAGCGUAUGCGGGAAGGCUUUCUUUGUUUCCGGGGAACUCUUAGUGCACAUGCGUUUUCACACAGUGGAACGACCUUACCGCUGUAAACCGCGUGGAAAGGCUUUCAGCACGUCAUGCGCUCUCACGUCGCAUAAGCGAUGGCACUCAAACGAGCGCCCGUUCACCUGCUCCCUGUGUUCAAAGGGCGUUGCAGAAACUGGUGGCCUUAAAAGACACAUGUUUAUUCAUACCCGAGGAGAAGCACCAUUGCUGCCACGUGUGGGAAAGGAUUUAGUCAGUUGAGCAACAUGAGAAUACAUUUGAAAACUCAUAAAAAAAUGUAGUUGGAUCUUUGUAAGAGUAAUGGAAUUCGUAUGCUAUUGUAGUGUUUCUCCUUGAGCUCAAAGCCAAAGUAAGAAAAAUAUGAGAUUGCAUUAUAGGUAGUGUACAUCGCCCUGAGAAGGUUUUCACAUUGACUAAGUAGCCAUUCUGUUAUUUUCCCCUUGGAAAGGUGAUCGGUUGUUAAGGAACUUUGGGCACAAGACUUCACAAUGACACUGAGGUUUUACUUAGUGCACUACCAACUGUACUGUACUCUGUGAGCACAGUAGGGUUAACAUGAUGUAAGCAUGUUGUGUAGGCUGUUCUGUAAAUGAAGAAGAAAAACAAUGUUUUGACUGCAACUAUCAAGUUGUCCAUUUAAUAAUCGUUCAUGUGUUUUGGGGCAAGCUCCUGAUGUAUGUUGGAACAGAGUCCUCCAUUUUCUCCUGCAUAGUCACCUGUUCAAGUGUCCUUGUCUGAGGAAUGUUUAUUUUCAUUUUCAGUCCCUCAGUCAGGCACCUGAUUCCCUUCUGGUUCUUGCUGGGCUUGAAGUGCAAUUGGGUACACUUUGUUUUCCAUUGUAGUCAGACCUGGGUUCAAAUACUAUUUCAAAUACCUCAACUUUCCCCUACAUUGUCCAAGUAAGUAUUCAGAUAUAUUUUAUUUCAGAAGACAAGUAGUUGAAUAUUUUAAUGUAUUUGAAAAUACUAAAAUACACUGACUCAAAUACACUCCCAUGCAUUUUACCCAGGUAUUUAAAAUAAGUGUUUAAAAAUACUCUUACUGUUUGUUUUUUUACAAAUAGCCAUUCAAAUAGAAGUUUUGUUUUUGAAAAUGCUCAAAUACACUGAAAAAUGUCAUUGAAAUACCAGAUAUUGAAAUGCAUAUUUGAACCCAGGUCUGAUUGUAAUAUAAAUCACUCAUUAAUUGUCUGUGGUGACUCUAAUUAGUAAAUGAACUAAUACUACAGCAUGUGUAUGUAUAUUAUGUACAUGAUGCUACAUUUAUUAUCUGUCAUACACUUAAUAAAAACUUGUAAGUGUGGGAAAGGAUUUACUCGGAUUAGCAACAUGAGAAUAUGUUUGAAAACUCGUAAGACAAACUCAUUUGUCAGACUGAAGCGAUUUUCUUUUACACUCGUGUUAGGUGUUUGUAUUUCCCCUUGAGCUCAUUGUAUUAUAGGUAAUGUGCAAUGAACAAAAAUAUAAAUGCAACAAGUUGGUUUCAUGAGCUGAAAUAAAAGAUCCCAGA